AUGUCUGUUGCAUUGCAUGGCACAUAUUCAUUACGACAUAGGGUAGAGAUUUGCAAGCGGAAUGAUGGAAGAUUAUUCAGCAGAGCAUACAGCUACCUACCUGCUAAGGGAAAGAAGAGUGCAGUGUGUUUUGACGAGCGGAUGGAGAUGGUGGCAAAAAUUGUGGCUCCUUCAUUGUCAGAGUGCAUCAGCAAAUGUUCGAUUGCUAACAACCAAAACUUGCUGGGUGUCAACUACAAGACAUCGGAGAAAUUUUGCUCCUGUGUUCCAAAACUGAAAGACAUCUGGUUCAAUGUGACGACCAAUUUGAGUGGAGGAUGUGUGGCUUAUGUGACGCACGAUUGUCCGAAGCCAUUUGAUUUCGUGGUUGAGAACCAGAAAUGCUACCUGAUGAUCACAAAGUUACUGACGUGGAGCGAUGCUAGAAGUGCUUGCAACAAUUUGCAUUCGCACUCGUUGGCUGUUGAGGAUUCCUUGGAAAAAGUUUCUUCCAAGCUUUAUGCUCUCUCUGUUACUGAAGGCCUAACAUCCUGCCAAAUUCCUAAAUUCAGUGGGUUUAAGAUCUGGUCAUCGGGCAUACAAUACAAAAAAUCUUCGAAAGGGGCACCAUUUUAUUGGGAAAAGUUUCCAGGAGUUCUCACAAAAUUUAAUUACACGUCGUGGGAUACUAAUCAGCCGGACGGUGCCCUGGGGUCGACAAGUUGCGUGCAGGAUAUCAUGGUUUAUGUUGAUGGUUGGGAUGAUUGUGGCUGCAAUUCUUUGAGGUGCGUCCUAUGCGAAAUUGAUCUGUAG